AGGAGCGCGUCCCCGAUCUCACGCUUCGACGGGGUCCGCAUCUCCCCCUCGCCCUUGUCAGCGCGCCAGCUGCCAGCCCCCAGGUCUGGCUCGCCGCUGCAGACCAGGGCGCAGGCGGUCGAUGCGCCGGCCAUGCUGCGCCAGCGUACUUUGCCCUGUGACCUGGGGCUGCCACCUGACAGGCCGGCCGUUAUUCUCACUGGCGCCGACGGAGCCAGAACUCCUACGUCCAGGGCGUCCUUCGGGCGCACGGAGCUGACGUCGGACAGGCCGCCGGCGCGCGCGGUGCGGGAGUCCUCCUCCGCUGUGGAAAGCCUGCACCGGCGGCGCUGGCGUCGGCCCUCAGGACCUGCACCUGGUGCGAACCCCGCGACAAACCCUGGCGUGCAAGGUGCAGCCAACGAGUUUACACCCGCCUUCUUCAGGCUUCAGGAGAAGCUAAGCUAUCUCGCAGAGGAGGGCACAGUUUCGCUGUAGGCGACAGGUGAAGGCACUGGCAAUGAGGGAUUCAGCUGUCGAGCAGUCCAUCCAAUUCCAGUCAAUAGUGGUGGACAAAAUCAAAAUUUAAAGGCAGUGCAGUGCUCGCUUAGACAGGAGUGGAGGAACCGGAGUCUUGGGACUGGCAC